AUGAAGACAACCUUGAAGUUUUGCAUAACAGCGAAUGCAUCCCUGUUCAUCGGUGGGAUUAUCUACUUCUGCCUGCAGGGUACGCCCUACGGAGAUAGUGCUGUUUCACGGCGGAUCAGACACGGGGCGGGGCAAGCGCGGAGUCUCCUAGCCUCAGGGGUAGUACACGUUGCGGCUAGUCGUCUCAGUUUCUCGGAGCCCGUACGCGACUUGCGUGAUGUGUCAGGAGCCAGUCUGAGAGCCGAACCAUGGCUAACAGACAAUGGAACAACGGUAACCGUCUCGUGGGAGAACAUACACAGCCCGAGCAUCUCCCAGCCCUUUGACUGGGUGGGUCUUUACUGCACGUCAGGAGCUGAUGGUAGGGCCUACCUGGACUACUCUUUUAUCAGUGAAAGUCCCACUCACGCCGAGGGACGCGGAAGCCUGAAAUUUGUCCUUUAUAAUCUGCGUACAGACUGCGAGUUUCGUUACUACCAGAACAGCACUUUGACUACACUGCUGGCAGUCAGUAACAAGGUGAAUUUUAGAGGUGGAAAAUCAAGGCCCCUACGAGGUCACCUGGCAUUAACUGAAGACCCAACACAGAUGCGUGUCAGUUGGACAACUGGGAGCUCUACCAGACCUGUAGUGUACUAUGGCCUGAGCAGGGACAACCUAACACUCUCUGCAACUGGGACCUCUAAGACUUACACCAUUUCUGAUCUCUGUGGCCCUCCAGCUAAUGACAGCAGCUUUUUCGUUGACCCAGGCUCCCUGCACGAUGUCCUACUCACCAAUCUUAAGCCAAAGACGAUGUACUAUUACAAGUACGGUUCUGGAGUUUCUUUUAGUGAAGUCAAAAAUUUCACAACGGCUGUUGUUGCUGGAGAUACAACUCGGUUCAAGUUCAUCAUGUAUGGGGACAUGGGGCUCAGUUCACCUCCUGGAGCUGAAACUACUGCCCAACUUGUGCUGAAUGAAGUACUCGGUGGAGCAGCUUUUGUAAUGCAUCAGGGAGACCUCAGCUAUGCGCUUGGUCGUGCAGUAAAGUGGGACACGUGGAUGAACCUUAUUGAGCCAUAUGCCAGUCUAGCUCCAUACAUGAUCGGUAUUGGGAACCACGAGUAUGACCACGAAGUAGGAGGCUCGAAAGACCCCAGUCACACAGGAGGCGAGGGAUUCCACCCAGAGUGGGGCAACUUUGGCUACGACUCGGCCGGUGAAUGUGGAGUUCCUCCGUUCUACAGGUUUCACAUGCCAGACAAUGGAAACUCAGUGUUUUGGUACAGCUUUGACUACGGGUUGGUUCACUUCACAGUCAUUAGCACUGAGCAUGACUUUACACCCGGGUCUCCCAUGUACUCGUGGAUAGAAAAGGACUUCCAAUCAGUCAACAGGAACUGA